CAUCGACAAUUCUUUUAUUGAUUUUACAUUCUGAUCCGUCAAUUGGUUGAGAAAUUAAAUUGUAAGACUGGACACACUAAUCUCUAAAAAAAAAAAUGGACACACUUUUAUAUCAGUUAAAUUUUUUUACAUCAACUAUUUAUCUAUCUAUUAAUUUUUCAAGAACUGUUAUGUUGGGCCUGAGGGAUAUUAAAAUGUUGGGCCUAGGCCCAAAUAAUUACCCCAUUGUUUCAGAAAGAAAACUAUCUCCGACACUUAUUCACGGCGGCGGCGGUGCUGCUGCUGAGCUCCGAUUCUUAACCCUACAUCAAUAUAAUCAUUUUGGAAGAGGGAGAGGAAAUUUGAUAGACUAGAAUUGAAGUCCCAAAUAAUUUUGGAUGGACGCCAUUGAAGACAUCUUCGAAUCUUCACUAAAUCUUGAGGAUUCCCACUUGAGAGAAGGCUACGACGAGGGCUACGCCGACGGCAUAAUCUCAGGUAAGGAAGAGGGCCAACAAGUCGGGCUCAAAACCGGGUUCGAAACGGGCGAGGAAUUGGGCUUUUACCGCAGCUGCGUCUGUGUCUGGAGCUCGGCCAUCCUGGCCGACCCGAAUUUCAUGUCUGCCCGAAUUCAGAAGACAAUCAAUCAGAUGGAUGAAUUGCUUCGGAAUUACCCAAUGCUCGAGCCGGAAAACGAGUCCGUCUCCGAUGCUAUGGAUGCUUUGCGGCUCAAAUUUAGGGUUAUUUGUGCUAGCUUGAAUCUCAAAUUGGAGUACAAGGGUUAUCCCAAGGCAUCCGAUGCUGGAGAUAUUUGGUUUUGAUGUUUACCGCCAACUGUUUGAUGUAUGUCCUAUGAGAGAAUUUUGAUGAUUGCUUCAUUGUGAAGUUGCAUUAUAUAUGUCUACCUAUUGUUUA